AUGACUCCCUUCCAAGCACUAUAUGGGAGGAUUCCACCGGCAAUUACGCAUUACUCAACCGGCACAUCACCUGUCCAUGAGGUCGAAAAUGCAUUGGAGACAAGGGACAACAUUCUCAAACAACUAAAGUCUCACCUACAGGCGGCUAUUAAUCGCAUGAAGCAAAUAGCGGACUCAAAGAGAAGGGAGGUUGUUUAUCAAGAAGGUGAUUUUGUAUUGCUUAAGCUCCAGCCAUAUCGCCAGCACACUGCUUAUAAAAGAGUCCACCACAAACUCGCUAGCAAGUACUUCGGCCCAUACCGAGUGAAGGAGAAGAUUGAGAGCGUUGCAUACAAGCUCGAGCUGCCGGAGGGUGCCCGUAUCCAUCUUGUCUUCCACGUGUCAAUGCUCAAGAAAUUUGUGGGAGAAGACACCUCUGUUGGAUUUGACUUACCACCAACGAAUGAUGAAGGUGAGGUAAUAGCGGUACCAGAGGCUAUACUGRAUACAYGCUGGGUUCGAAAAGGGUCGGGCUUCGUGGAAGAAAGCUUGGUGCAAUGGAAGAAUCUUCCAAGGGAAGAGGCAACCUGGGAGAAUACGCAGUAG